AUGACAACAAUAGGGACUCUGAUUGGGCUAGCAGUUAAGAAGGGAUGGAAAAUGUUUCAAUUAGAUGUGAACAUUGCCUUUCUUCAUAGUGAUUUACAUGAAGAAGUAUACAUGGAGACACCACCAGGUCUAUUUGUAGAACAGUCUGGAAUGGUAUACAAGUUGAAUAAAUCCUUGUAUGGAUUGAAACAAGCUAGUAAAGGGAAUUCAGUAACCUUUGUAGCUGUUUAUGUGGAUGAUGUUAUUAUCACAGGAGCUCACUUGGAAGAAAUUACCAGCUUAAAGAAGUUCCUCCAUGAAACAUUCAGAAUAAAGUAUCUAGGGAGACUGCAUUACUUUCUAGGAUUGGAGAUACUUUAUAAGAGUGAUGGAGUUAUGAUUACACUGAGAAAGUUCACUCAAGACAUUCUUAAGAAAUUUGAUUGUAUAGGAUAUACAAUUGUGACUUCACCUCUUGAUCCAACAGUAAAGUUGAAAGCAGAUGAAGGAAUAUCCCUUUCAGACCCUGGCCAUUAUAGGAAACUAGUUGGGAAAUUGAAUUUUCUUAUAGGAACUAGGCCUGAUAUAGGCUAUAGUAUUCAACACUUAAGCCAAUAUAUGCAGAAUCCUAGAGACACUCACGUAAGAGCAGCAAUACAUGUAUUGAGAUAUUUGAAAGGGAGCUUAUCUCUGGGGAUUUUCUUGUCUAACAGUAGAGACUACAGGGUAAGGGCUUUUUGUGACUAUGAUUGGGCAGCUUAUCCUGAAACCUGGAAGUCAGUCAGUGGUUAUAUAGUAUUGCUUGGUGACAAUCCCAUUAGUUGGAAAUCCAAGAAGCAAUCUACUAUUUCAUUGUCCUCAGCAGAAGUUGAGUAUAGAGCAGUAAGAAAAGUGGUUGGGGUAUUAGUCUGGCUUGCAAGACUGCUUGAGGAACUCACAGUAUAUCUAUCUCUACCUAUACUUGUUUUCUGUGAUAGCCAAGGUGCACUUCACAUUGCAAAGAAUCAUGUCUUCAGCGGACUAAACACAUAA